CCCUGUGCCUGGAGCUAGCCACUGUAAUCUACCUGUAGCAUUAGUAUGAACUUCCUGUGCAAAAUCUCUCCAUAGCCCAGUUAGCAAUGCAAGGCUGUCAUCACAUCACUCUCUCCGCCUUCCUCCUCUCUCAGAACUCAAAGCCUUAAAUCACAGCACUAAUCCUCGUGAACAGUAUUUUUAACUUGCGUUUGGACAGAAAGAACAGCAAUAGGAUUAGAGAAUCAGUAAAGAGGCUGAAUCCCUAACGCAUGCAGCUGAUCUUCUUGCACACUGAGAGACCAACGCAGGAGCUCUAUCUUUAUCUUUAUUUCAACCUGAUAUUGCUUUUGAGGGGACAAUACUCAACCUGAAUGGAGAUCUUGUGGAGUACUUUGUUGUUUCUUUUCACUGACUUGAUCUGAGCUUGGCACAGUUUUUCUUUUGCUCGAUUGUCUUCCAAGGAGCGGUCAAAAUGGAGAACAUGAGGCCAAAGUUGAAAGUGCUGAAAAAGCGUCGCUCCAGUCUUUUUGCAACCAUAAAACGGGAUUCAAGCAUUUCUCAAAGCAUCGAAGAACAGGAGGCUGAUUUCCCUUUUGCACAAGCCAGCUCUGUGAAACCAUGGACGUCCAUGGAGACCCUUGACACUCCUGACGACACAAAUGUUCAGAAAAAAACUCAGAGCAAAGAGGCACCCAACCCGAGGCAAUCGAACAUCGUCAACCUCAACGUGGGUGGAAAGGUGUUUCACAUCCCGAAGCAUUUGGUCCUCCAAUAUCCAAAAACCAGGAUCGGAGUGCUUGCCCUCUGUAAUGAUCCGGUCAAGCGCAUGACGCUCUGCGACGAUUACAAUGUUCAGAACAAUGAGUUCUUUUUCGACAGAGACCCCAUGUUUUUCCACUACAUCUUCCACUUUUACUGCAGUAAGGUCCUGUGGGUGAUGGAUAGUCUCUGCCCUGUCAACUUUGAGGAGGAGAUGUCAUUCUGGGGGUUGAGACUGAAGGACACUCCAAGGUGCUGCCGCAUACUGUUUGAGGAGAAACUGGACGACAUCAGAGACCAACUGAAGGUCAACCAGGAGCUGAUCGAUGAGAUUAAGCCCCACCAAGAUGACGAGGGAUACAAGAACAUGUUUCUCGGGGGCUUUCGGAAGAUCCUGUGGGACUUGAUGGAGAAUCCCUACUCCUCACUGUCAGCCAAAGCCUUUGCUGUGUUUUCCAGUCUCUUUGUCCUUAUUUCGAUUGUUGCCAUGACAAUGAAUACAGUGAAUGAACUCAGGCAGUACAAACUUGCAGGCAGAACAUACAUGGAGUGGGUCGAGGUCGCCUCCAUCCUUUUCUUCGCCUUGGAGUACUUUUUGCGAUUACUCACCACGUCCAACAUCAAACAUUUUGUGAAGAGUGCCCUCAACUUCGUCGAUGUGGUGGCUGUUAUGCCCUAUUUCAUCCAACUCGUUUUUGAGGCGUUCGUUAUGGAUUCUGAAGACGUCAGUGCGAAGGAAGACUUGAAGACCAUGGCAAGGGUCAGCAAAGUCAGCAAGGUGCUCAAGGUUGUCAAGCUGAUGCGCAUCUUCCGUAUCUUGAAGCUUGCCCGUCACUCCACGGGCAUGAGGGCAUUUGGUUUCACCAUCCGACAGUGCUCCGAGCAGGUGUGCUGUCUGUUCCUGUUCAUCGCCAUGGGCAUCUUCACUUUCUCUGCUCUGAUGCACUCUGUGGAGGUGGACCAGCCUGGGACACCAUUCAGCAGCAUACCAGAUGCCUGGUGGUGGGCUGCAGUGAGCAUCUCUACUGUGGGCUACGGCGAUGUCGUCCCCAUCUCCUAUCUCGGCCGCUGUGUGGCAUUUGGCUGCAUCUCCUUUGGCAUCAUCCUCAACGGCAUGCCCAUCUCCAUCCUGUUCAACAAGUUUUCCGACUACUACGCCAAACUGAAGGAGCAAGAAUACAGUGUGACAAACACGGAGCGCACCUUCCAGCUCAGGAAACGUCUGAGGAACAAGUUCCACAGCUGCUACGAGGCCCAGCCGGAGGACUCCGAUGAUGAGAUACAUUACAGGCCCAGCGUGAGGCAAACCAUCCACGAGGGCGAGGAGUGAGCCGAGCUGCCAACUUGCGACCCCGGUAACCCUAAAUGGCCUUAUCGCCCACGGGCCUAGACCGUGAAAGACCCCAUCUGCCUCCAACUCUGAGCCUAUGUGAUUUAAGAUAAACAAUCUGAGGGGAGAAGAUGGAGGCAGCAGCAAGUUGAGAUAAGAUUUAAGCCUCAGCUUUACAGUAGGUGCUGUUUGCACGCUAUGGCUGAUGACUCCUCAGGCAUCCUCUCAAUGGAUGAGAUGCUCCCACGAGACAGCUCAUUAUCUGUUUCUAAGAAUAGCAGCUGCAGGCUAAUUCUGAUUAAACUGAAGAAGAUGUUUGACAUGAGGAGGUCAAGUAUCACAUUAUUAAUGGGACGGUGUUACUCUUUAAUCACUUAAAGGGAGCUCGCGAGGAACUGUUUUCGUUGGAAGUGCUAUUAAGGAAGACUUCUGGAUAACAACAUUGUGGUGUAGUUGCUCAUAUUCCACACAAAAGACAGUUAAACUUCAAUUUCAGUCACGUGUUGAACUUGUGACUCAUACUGACUGGUCUCAAGAUCAAGAUGAACCGUUGUCGUCACAUUCUAGUAUGUUUAGGAAACACAAGCAACAUGUUCCAACGUAUUUCAAUGCACAAGUGAUGAAAACCUCUCAGAGCAAAACUCUUCCAUGUGCCAUGCUUCAUGUGUCAGUAAAGUGGUUCUCUUGUCUGCAGCUCACUCAACGUGCAUUCGACUGCACCUAAGCGGGAGAUGAGGCGCAGCGGGGAGGGUGUGUCACAAGCGAUCAAGAGCAUGAGUGUAAUUUUGUUGUCAAGGAUUACCAGGAUUUGCUCUUGCGCCGGCUGCUUGGUCAGACAAGGGCAAAAGUCAAUCAUGUUCUGGGCUAUUUUGGUGGCGGAGCAGAUCUGAUCAGGUGCCGUUUAAGUUCUUGGAAAAAGUUUAUUUCCUCAUAUACUGCACAACACUAGGUAAAUUGAGAUACAUCGUUUUUCAUGCUCACCUGUUACUCAUGGGCAAUGGGGCUUAUAAUAGUCAUCCAACAUCUCUUUGGCAUGAUCCCUGCAGGGAGCGAGAGCUGACCUCUAGGUGUCAGAAUCAGGACUGACUGUUCUUGUAUGUGCUGCUGUGCUGUGUUCAGCUUCUUAUGAUAAUUCAGUUAAAGCAGUUCCUGUUCUGGGCAACAACUCUCCAAACAGAGAAAGAGCUAAACUGGGUAACUGCAUGAUCUCCUCCCGAGCAACUUUAAAGGGUGGAGUAGCGGCCUCUCACUCAGGACUGUCCUGUUCAGUGAGCUGGUUUAAAACAAACAGGAGCAUUUUAAAGGAGUGUUAAAGUAAGAUAUUAAUGCACUGAUGAUGUGUUGUGCCUCUAGUCAGGAAAAACCUCAGAUUUACAGAAACAGAUCCCCAUGAUGUAUUAGACCUCUGCUACACCUGUACGAAACAUAACUAAUGACAGCGUUGUAUUUCCUUCCUGGUUUUUGUUUGGCUUUUCAACAAGUCCACAAAUACCUACAGAAGUGUGUGAACAUGUGUAACUGCGAAUGUGACAAAAAAAAAAAAAAACUAGCAUUGUUGAAAAAAUGCAAAGAACUGACACUUCAUGAGAUGUAUUUUAUUUUACAGUCAUAGUUACUUCAUAAGACUGUAUACCCCUUAAUGGCUGUAAAAAAUGAGCUUUGCCAUGUACAAAUACUGUAAAACGUGUAAAUACUUUUUCUUUCUUGUGCAUAAAAUGAAAAAUGUAAAACAAGCAGACAGGAGAUAAUGUAAAACAUAUGAAACACACACUUGAA